GUUUGUAGUAGUCAAGGUAAACAACAUGAUGGUUUGAAUGUAAAUGGAAGGAUUGUUGCUCGUUAUGCCAAUACAUAUGGGAAUUAUUCUUCUGAAGAUUGUGUUCUGUUUGAGAAGCAUGACUUCCCUGUUGAGAUCAACACUGCCAAACGGUUUCCACUUUCUAGAUGUUGGGUGUCAUUACCAGCUUAUUCUUCUCUUGUUCUUCUCUUGUUGUGGUCCUUAAUUUGUAUGAAUUUAAAACAAUGCGAUAUAUUGUUGAUCAAUCAGUGGAGUUGUCGGCUGAAGAUGGGAGAAUGACAUCAAGUUCCAUCUUGCUGGAUGAUUUAGCUAUUCAUGUUCAUGUCGCAUGGUUCUCGCAUGAUGUGGUUGGACAGCGGAUUGACUCUAAGAUUGGAUUCCCAUCUAGCUUUGAACUCUCAUGGAAUCUUCGUGCUCAUCAGAGUAAGCCAUGGGCAUCUCCUGCCUUGGAGAUUUUCUCUGUCUUUUUUGGUGGAAGAAGUUUUGGUUCAAUUGAGGUUUUAUCAAAUGAUGAUGACAAGAUUUUUUAUAUCUUUAACAGAGAUAAAAAAGAUGCCUUGAUAUUAUCUGAAAAUGAGAAAUCAUUACCUGUAUCAGAUGGUUCCAGAGUUUUUGAUGAUUGUAGUUCAUUACAAAUGAAGUUUAGCAUAAAGGAUACUGAAGACCGUUUAGCUAUUCGAGGAUUAGUGGAUUGGGGAGCUUCUGUACUUCACUUCUUUGUGGUAUGAAAAGCAAUUGUGUUCUCUUAUUCCGGGUCAACAGGGAGGAUUUGCAGCAAUACACUAUUCAAUCUUCUCAGAAGCUGUUGGUGCAAACAUUAAGGUGUUUCUAAAUCCUAAAACAGGAUGUGGUGAUGUUUGUCCUAAGAUUUGGGGUAGCCUUAUUGCUCAAUAUAGUUGCUAUGACGAUACAUCGCGCUUUAACAAAGACUACUACCGGAUUGUGUUAUUCGAGAAGAUUCAGGAUGAUCUAAUUCAAGUAAGUGAUGAUUCGAGAAUACCACUUUCAAGAUCCAUGAUUGUUGUUCCAUCAUAUGCCUCUCUUAUUGUCAACGUAGAUAUAUUAUUUGGCAAAUCUGAUGAAAACUUUUCAUGUGCUACAAAAAUUGAAAUUGGUGAAGGUUUCAAGAUUGUAGAGACAAAUAGUUAUCUUCUUCGUAUUGAGGUCGAUUGGUGUGAGAUUAAAUGAUAUUUAUUGUAUUAUUUAGGAAUUCUUUUGGUCAUUAAUCUUAGAGUAGAGAUUUGGCUAGUGAUGUUAUGUUAAAGUAUUACUUGGGAACUUUUUGGUCUUUGCCUUACUCUUCAUAGAGUAAAGGUUUCCCAAGUGAUAUUAUAGUAUUGUUCAGUAUUAUCUAGGAACUCUUGUGGCGUUUGCCUUACUCUUAGCUAUUAUGUUCUUAUAUCUAUACUAUAUAAAAAGAGAAUUGAUGGUUUGCUAUUAAAGGGUAGUUGUACAGUACAAAGAUAUUGCACAAUUCCAUUUA